AUGAACUUAAAUAAUUACAAUGUGAGAAGCAGCGCCAUAAUCAAUGCAGCACGAAGAGCGUCCGUCAAGCACAAGGUUCUUAACAAGAAGGGUGUCGUAAUGUCUAAGAUCGGAGAGCGUAACUGGAACCGAGGCAUUUCACAUGAAGAAGUCUCAAUUUUCUCUUUAAUUAAAGGGACACGAGGUAAUAAUAAUAAUGACAACCAGGAGGCAAAAAUCCAAGGAAGUCAAAUGUUAACGGGCGGAACAUGCACUGCCAUCAACAAUAACCGAGAGAAAGUUCAAGAUUUUCCCAAGUGCCCAUUCCGACCAGUAGAUCCCGCACAACCGAAUGAAUCCAAUAUUAAUGUUCAUGAUGAAGCAAGGAGGAAACACCACUGA